GCCCUGGGUAGUUGCACCCGGUGAGCCUGAGAGAGCCGUGGGCGCUGAGACGCUGUAGGUGGCUCCCCCUGACCUCUAAAGAAAGAAAGAAAUUGGAGUCUGAGACUUGAGGCCCCAGAGAAACUGUAGACUGCCAGCAGGGGGCGAUGGCUGUGGCCCUGGGUUGUGCGAUCCAGGCCUCCUUGAAUCAGGGCUCGGUGUUUCAGGAAUAUGAUACUGACUGUGAAGUCUUCCGUCAGCGCUUCAGGCAGUUCCAGUACAAAGAAGCAGCGGGGCCUCAUGAAGCUUUCAACAAACUCUGGGAGCUGUGCUGUCAAUGGCUGAAGCCAAAGAUGCGUUCCAAGGAACAAAUCCUGGAGCUGCUAGUGCUGGAGCAAUUUCUAACCAUUCUGCCCAUGGAAAUAGAGACCUGGGUGAGGGAACAUUGCCCAGAGAAUAGAGAAAGAGUUGUGUCACUGAUAGAGGACUUACAGAGGGAACUUGAAAUACCAGAGCAGCAGAUCGAUAGCCAGGAAAUGUUCUUGGAAGAACUGGCACCAGUGGGAAUGGAAAACAUUCCACCAAACAUGCACCUGGACUCAGCCCCGCUCCAAGUGAUGGGAGCUGCCCCAGAGGCUGCAAUGGCAGAGGCGUGGAUGCCACAGGCAGGGCCUCAGGAGCUGAACUACACAGCUGCUGGGGAAUGCCAGCCCUUUCCAGACCCGGGAUAUCUAAUACCAAAGCUUGAUAUGAGCUUCCCAUUGGAGAAUAGAGAAGAGGAAUGGGUGAAGGAACUACAGGAGUCCAAAGAAAUUAAACAAUUACUUGACUCCAAAAUAGGUUUUGAGAUUGGAAUAGAAAAUGAAGAAGAUACUUCCAAACAGAAGAAACUGGAGAAUUUGUAUCCAUUUAUUGUCACUUUAGAGGGGAAUGCUCUCCAUGGUCCUAUUUUGCAAAAAGACUAUGGACAGUUAGAAAAUCAAUGGGAAACCCCCCCAGAGGAAUUACCCACAGAUAUAACAAAACUUGUCGAUUAUCAGAGCCCCUCCAUAGGAGAGAAACCUGAGAGCUCCAACGUAGAAGAACCUCUCAACCCUAGACCUCAUAAGAAAAAGAUUCCAGGAGAUAAACCUCACCGAUGUUCUCAAUGUGGAAAAUGCUUUGCUCGGAAGUCACAACUUACUGGACACCAGAGGAUCCAUUCAGGAGAGGAACCUCACAAAUGCCCUGAAUGUGGGAAAAGAUUCCUUCGUAGUUCAGACCUGUAUAGACACCAACGACUUCACACAGGGGAGAGACCCUAUGAAUGCACAGUAUGUAAAAAGCGAUUUACUCGGCGGUCACACCUUAUGGGGCACCAGAGAACCCAUUCUGAAGAAGAAACAUAUAAAUGCCUUGAGUGUGGGAAAAGCUUUUGCCAUGGAUCAAGUCUUAAAAGACAUCUAAAAACUCAUUCAGGUGAAAAACCUCAUCGAUGUCAUAACUGUGGGAAAAGUUUUAGUAGACUAACAGCCCUUACUUUGCACCAGAGAACCCACACUGAAGAGAGACCUUUUAAAUGUAAUUAUUGUGGGAAAAGCUUUAGACAGAGACCAAGUCUUGUUAUUCAUUUAAGAAUUCAUACAGGGGAGAAGCCAUACAAGUGUAGUCAUUGUUCUAAGAGCUUCAGACAGCGAGCAGGCCUUAUUAUGCACCAAGUCACUCACUUUAGAGGACUUCUUUAAGAAUUGUUAGGAAAAACAGGUCCUACAGAAAUUGACACUAACUCAAAAACAUCUUUACUACAACAGCCUGUUUGUCUUGGAAGAACCUUUUUGUUUUGGCUUAUAAGAACAGCUUUUUCCCUAUUUUUAAAACCAAACUUCCAAGGCAUAUGAGUUCAAGAGUAUCUACCCACCUACUCUUGUAACUUUCCUAGCUAGAUUUGAUUUGUUCUGUCUCCACAACUAUUAUUUUUUAUUACAAUGAAUUUUUUUGUGUGUUCUAAGCCAAUUGUAUCAUAAAUGUAAGUAUAAAUCAUAUAAAUGAUGACAGUCCUUUCCAGAGUAGGGUCAAUACAAUAGGUGAUCAUGUAUAUCUGACAUGUCUAUUAUAGCAGCACCAUAAUUAUUCUGCUGUCAUUAUUAAAGGUAAAUUAUAUUAGUUCAAAGUUUUAUCAUGUCCCAAGCAGAAAGAAAGGAGACAGUAGAUUUUGUCAAAAAAUAAAAACGUGUCAGGAGCACAAGGAUGAAGGUGGUGUUAUUUUCCUGGUAAGAACUGGGUUAUUUCCAUGGAAAUUUUUUGUUUAAAGAAGUUGGGAUUUUAACCUUUUCUUUUGAAUUAUGCAAAGUUUGAUAGUCCUCUUAGUUGGCUGUCUGUGGUGAUGCUACUUAGAGCUGAAUCUUAAUUUGAUGGUUUGUUUUGUUCACAAUAAGUAAGCCUAUGUGGAAGAAUCCACUUGACAACUGAAAUCCUACAAGUAGAAUUUCAUUUAAUUUAAACUGGCUAAGGAACUGGUGUCCUGAUUUUUUACUCUCCUUUGGCAUUCAACCACUUAUUUCUCAGUGCUUUAUAAAUUUUAUCCAUUCUUUAAUUCAGUGUUUCCUUAAGUGUGCACCACAGAACAAUUUGUUGUAUGAGAUUUUCUGCACAUAAGUUUGGGGAUCUCUUCCUUCUGUUCCCCUUUCUAGAUUCACAACUGCAGAACAGCUUUUGAGACUCUCUGAGAGGUCUCCAGUAAAGGGGAAAAAGCACCUUUUUUGGCUCAUUGUUUUGCAAAUCUAUUCGACCUCAGAACCAUUUUUCAUGCACACCCAAUAAUAACCCACAAAACUAGUAUUCUGCAAAUAUUCCUUGAAAAACACUGCCUUAAACAAAUAUUUCUAUGGCUAUCAGUAUAGUCUUGAUGUUAAUCCAGUUGUUUCAAGGGUGUUAUGAAAAGUUCUUUAAACAUAUAUACUUUUAUGUAAUACACACACACAUCAUUUUAAGGAGGUGAGGGGUCACUAAUUCAGGUAAUUUACAAGUUGCCCAGUGAUUCACACCCUCUUUGAAUUUUACUUAUAAUCAAAAUCUCUCUCUCUCUCUAUCUCUCGCUCGCUCACUCGCUCGCUCGCUCUCUUCCUCUCUCUCUCACUCAUAUACAUAUUGCUAUUUAUAUAAAUAUUCUCAUAUAACCGUGAUAGUGACUCAGAUUUCUGUAGCAAAGAAAGAAUUCUCUGUCAGUUAAAGCUGUUAAUACAUGAAAAUAUUCAUUCAGCCUAGUUCCUUGUUAUAAAAUACAAGCUAUAGGACAUUCAAGUAUUUUCCCUUAUAAAGAUACCAGUCAUCCUUUCCUUAAAUUAGAAUUAGGGAAAGUAUAUAUUUUUUCUAUUCCAUUGAAGUUCUUGGAAGUGAUAUUUAAUAUAAAUAUUUUUGAGGUAUCUACUAUGUGCCUAACAAGUCCUGUUCUAGGCUUAAUGGAAAUUAGUGAAGAAAUUAAUUCAUGGGUCAGGUUCAUAAAGAGUUUGUAAUAUCUUUAGUUAAACCAGAGUUGGGAAACAAAUAAACAAUGCAAGAGAGUUUGUAAUUAAAUGCCAAAUUAUAUCACAUGCUAAAGCCAGGAUGUGUCUUUAAUUCUUGUCAUCCAGGUCCCUGUAUGAUGCUGCUAUAAAUGUAGGGUUAAAAUUGAGAUCCCAGUAGCAAUAAACAUGUAACAUGGGAGGAGUCUGAAUGUAGAGAUGAAAAAUACCGAAUGUAAUGGCUUCUCUUUUCUCUCUUGUGGAAUUGCAUUCAAACCAGAACAGUGCCUUAAAAUGGAUGUGCCCAACUGUCUGUAUCUAUGCAAUACUUUAAUAAAAUGUAAAUGUGUAUGUUCUUCCUGCUUCAAUCACAUUAACUAUUUGUUUGAACAACUAAGAGCUGC